CAAAACACAAAAUAAGUAUUUCUUUUUUUGUUUCAACUGAGGCAGAAGAAAGGGAUGAGGACUUGUUCUCUUCUUGGUUGGUUCUUGAUCAUCUCCCUAUUGUUACUCUCUCAAUCCCUCAUAAUCUCAUGCGAAACUCAUGGAAGCAAGAUCACUCCUUUGAGUCGGAAACUAGUUGGACAUGGAGAGAACGCGGAAGAGUCUCACGGUCUUCGAGUUUUUGUGAGGAAAAGCAAAAGCAAGAAGAAGAAGAAGGACAAAUCAUCAGCCACUCGAACUCUUCUCUCUAACCCAUUUACCUAUGUUUCUACUGCUGUGAGUUCCUUUGUUUUGGUGCUCGCCGCAUUCUAAUCUAUUUCCAAGAAUAGCUUGCGACUUGUAUUUAUUUUUCUACGUCAAAUCAAAUGGCUUGCGUGUUUGUUUGAUCGACUUUGUGUGUUUGUUUGAUCGACUUUGUGUUUGCAACUGAUCGUUUUAAACUAUUUGUAUUCUUUUCCGGCAAAGCUUGAGUUUGUAACUCUCUUGAAUGGCCAGUUGUCUAAUAUUUUGGUUCUGCA